CCCACUAAAACCCUCAUCAUGGCCUACAAAGCAGCACAUUUGGCCUUUAAGUCCCGCUGGCACAAGACGGAUGAAGAGCUCUGUCGGCACAGCAUGUCCUUUGUCUUGCACAAGGCAAUCCAAAAUGACUUCUUCAAGUGUUAUCUUUACCUGCUGGAGAAGCUUCCCCUGGUGAAACUUUACGCCCUGACAAGUCAAGUCAUCAACGGGGAGAUGCAGUUCUACGCCAGGGCCAAGCACUUCUACCGGGAGGUGCCCGCCACGGAGGAGGGGAUGAUGGGCGACUACAUCGAGCUCUCCAACACCGACGUUGAAUCCUCCCGGGAAUUCCUCAGGAAGUUUGUUGGGGGGGUGGGGAAAGCUGGCACCAGCCGCGCCCUGGACUGUGGCUCUGGGAUAGGUCGGAUCAGCAAGCACGUCCUGCUGCCCGUUUUCAAGAGUGUGGAGCUGGUGGACAUGAUGGAGAAUUUCCUGGCUGAGGUCCCAAACUACCUGCAGGGCAAGGAGGACAGAGUGGAGAUGUAUUACUGCAAAAGCCUCCAGGAAUUCACACCGGCCCCACGAAGAUACGACGUCAUCUGGAUUCAGUGGGUUUCAGGAUACCUGACAGACAAAGACCUCCUGGAGUUUCUCAUCCGCUGCCAGGACGGCUUGAAGGAUAACGGUGUGAUCAUCCUGAAGGACAAUGUGGCCAGGGAGGGCUGCACCCUGGACUGCCUGGACAGCAGCGUGAUCCGAGACCUGAACAUCCUGCACAGCCUCAUCGAGAUGAGCGGGCUCAGCAUCCUGCGGGAGGAGCGGCAGGAGGGAUUCCCCGAGCAGUGUGUGCCUGUCUGGAUGCUGGCCCUGCAGAAAGGCCCUGGCCACUCCUGACUGCCCAGUUUUGGUUUGAAGGACAGGUGUCUGGCAAUACAGGCAGGAGCUUCUCUUUGAAAUGGAGAAUGGAAACCCCCUCCCUCCAAAUUAUUAUUAUAAUUUUGAAGUUAAGGCGCUCUCAGGCAAAGAUAUGGGAAUUAGGAAUAACAGUUCUUUACCAGGAAAAUUAAAAUAGAAAUACAGUAUUACAAAGAACAAUCCCAAAACACUGGCAGAGUCAGAAUCCAAGCUGACACCCGUCAGUCAGUCAGGGUGUUGGCACAGUCCCAUUCAAUGGUGGCUGCAUCCUCCUGCAGGGGCAGAUGUGGUUCAGCUGGAGCAGUGCUCCUGGAGAAGGUGCAGUUUCCUCUGAAGUUGCAGGGAUGAUGUGGAAAGGUCUGGCUUUCCUCUGGAAUGCAGUGGAAAGAAGGUCCCUUGGUGUCCAAAAUGUCAGUUUUUAUCUGGGUAGGAAAGGCUUGGCUGCUCCCCUGGCUGGAGCAUCUCCCAGUGGGAUGAUGGAAUUUUAUCAGCCAUGCAGUGGGACUGAAUGGGCCAGCAGCAGAUGAUAUCUUCCUGGAGGGAGGAUGGGCUGUGGGAAAGAUAAAGAUGAUUGCCCCAGCUGGUUUAAAGCUGGCCCAUGAGCAGAUAAUAUGUGCCAGGAGAUCAGGGUCACUGCCCCACCUGGCUCAGCAGAUGGGGACAGAAUGCACAUUUCUGGCCACAUCAACCCAAGACACCAGUGAGCCUGCACAGACUGGGCUGUGGAUGAACCAUGGGACUGGGAAGGGGAAAAGCACCUCCAGGAUUCCUCCUGGCCAUGCCCUGCUCCAGGGCAGCAUCUCCUAAAGGGUCAGGAGAGAAUGACAAAGCUUCUCCCAGGAACUUCUAAAUCCUACCUGCUCCAUCCUUCUUUCCAUUUUUAAAUCUUUCCUAACCUCCUUGUCAGAUCUCUCUUCCCUUAAGGAGUCAAUACUAUACAAAACUAAUAGAAAAUAAUUAGGUCUGAAGUUUCUCUAGUAGUUAAUGCAUUUUGGGGUUCUGUAUGAGGUAUUAACAAGCCUGUUCUUACUAUGGCACUUAAGUCCUCUUGGAAUUUAAGAAGGAUCUGGCAGAUCACUGAAGCAGGAAAUUCAAGUAACUUCUGGAAAACUUCACCCAUAUUUUGUCUGUCCUCUCUACACGUACUUUAAAAUAUUUAAAUCAAGAAUAUAAGGAAAGUUUAAUCUUUUUAUUGGCAUUUGCUAGGCAGUUUUCUGAUUUUUUUUUUUUUUUUUCAUUUCUGUCAAUUUGGACAAUAAAACAACCUGGUUAUUUUUUUCCAUUUUUAGGAGAUACUUCAUCUUCCUGAUGUCUCUGCUGUAGAACAAUAGUGGUGUAUAAGGGAUUUCACACUCUGGGGGAAAGCUUGGCUGACAAAUAUCUGCAUGUUUGCAUUGAAAUUUUGUGAAAAGCUUGCCCCACAUAUUACAUUCUGGAAAAUAUUUUUCUUUUUUUCAGAAUGUUCACAGUGGAAACCACUUGAAAGCCUCUCUUUAUUAUUCAUACCACUGUACAUUUCUUUCUUUCCCACAUUCAGAACAAGUCUGGCACCAUAUGCAGAGCUAAUGGGAUUUCACAGAGCAUUAAUAGUAAGACUGUAAGAAGAACUAAUACAGUAUUGUAUUAAUUAACAACUGUGCUAAACUGCAGAGAGUGUUAGUGUAACCCAAAAGUUGUGAUUUAUAUUCAAGUGCAGCUGUAUGAGCCUAGAUUUGAAAAUACUGACAUGCAGCCCAUCUCCUUAAGGCUCACAGAAAUUACACAUUAAGUUUCUUGUCCUCUUGGUAGAGGCACAGAAAGUGCUCUGGGAGGACAGAAGUUCAUUUUGCAAAAUUCAGAAUUUGGAAUUCUGCUUCAUUCUAAGGAUGUGGAGGGGGAAUUUUGAAACUUGUUAUGAGGGAAAGCUACACAGCCACAGUUUUCCAAGUUGAUUAAAGUCCUUUAUCCAGACAAAAUCAAAUGUUUCUUUUGAAUUGAACUUUUAACAUGAUUUGCACUUUAAAUAUUACUAAGGCUUGUUCAAAAUUUUGGAAAUUAAUGACAACAUUAGAAAAGUUCUGACUCUGUCAGAAUUUUUAUCACAUCUUACUCCCCUGAGAUGCAGUCCUGGCAAAGCUUUUCAGACUUUGUAGAGUUGCACUGUGACAAAUCUCUCUGUGCUAGUGGAAAGGAGUUCUAUAAAACAUCCCUCACAUGACAGCAGCACAAUUGGCUGUGUCAACCAUUGUCAGCUGGCUUAGAUUAGCUAAAAAAGAAGCCUGAAGAUAACAAGAUAAGGGAGCCUCUCAGCUGGAUUUUAGUACACAUUGCUCUCCUUUGAUAACAAAUCUCCAAUUUUGAUUUUAAUUGCAUAACUCAUCUUCUCUGGCAAUAUGUUUGCACAUGUUGAGAAUUAGCAGUUUAUGGCAGAGGGCUUUCUGCCAUCAGCCCUUAUCCAGUAACUCUUCUGUUAAUGUUCCAUUGCUAAUUGUAGCAUUAAGGAAAACCACACUGGUGAUUUGGUGAAUAUUCUGGCAUUUCCUACAGCCUAGAAAUCUAUGUUUCCCACGACACAGAUGCUUCUGGAAUGUUUUGACCAAUUCUUCCAUUCUGAUCAGCUGGUAUUGGAUGGAAAUUGAGUAACAUUUUUAUCAAGAAAGAGGCAUCAGUCCUAUAGCAACAAGAAGGGAAUAUUUACAUUUUUUUCCUGUACACGGAUUACAAAUUAAUUUUGCCCUUCACCAUUUUUUCUUCCAGCCAGAGACAUCUGCCAUGGUAAAAUUCUUGGAGAUCCUUGUGCAGUGGUGCCUGUGCCAGGCAGGUCUGAGUGGUGUCACUGCAGUGGGAGGGAAUGGCAUUGUGGAAAUGGAGGGAAUACAGAAUUUUAUACCAAUCUAAACAGCUGCCACAUCUUACACAGGGCACAAUGUAUACACCAAGUGGGUGCAGUUCAAUAAUGAGAGACCAGGUUCCAAGGUGGAUUUAAAAUGCAAAGUGGUUCAGGAUGAAAAAUGGAAUAUAAAUGACUGGUGUGGUUACCAGUGAAAUACAUUUUUCAUGUAAAAUGUUCUUCCUGUGUUUUGUUUAUCUUUCCCAUUGAAUUUCCAGAAUUCAUGUACAUAAAUAUAUAAUGAAAAUUGGUUCCCUUAACUAUGUGAGAAGAGAGAAAAGUAAAAUCUUAAUUUAGUAGAAAAACCUGUAUUUCAUGGUUUCCACAUUCCUGAAAAUUAAUGUUUCAUGGCUAUGUUGCUUCCACAGGAAAACAGUAAAGCUUUUCUGGUGACAUAAUGAAUCUCAAGAGUAAAGAAACUCAAGUCCUUCAGGAGCUUAAAUGCAUGAGAACGCUGCAGACUGAAUAAUAUUUUGGUUUCCUUCCUUUCUGAGGCAUGUUUUAAUUCAAGAAUUCCCAGUCAUCUAGUACAGGCCACCCUUAAAAAAUAUUCCUUAAGUUGGGUGAGGACCAUUCCUGGCUUAGAAAUUCAGAGCUG